AUGCGUCUCUUCAUUUCCCGCGUCGAACCGAAAGACAUGGAUGCCAUUGUGCCUUUGCUGUUCGAGACGUUCAAGACAGAGGACCUCAACAAGGUGUUCUUCGGUCGAGGGUCUCAAGCUUCAAAGGCCUACACCAAGAAACUUCUCCUGGCCGGACUCCUGAAUGAUCCGGCAGACGUCUUCAUCAAACUCGUAGACGAGGACCAAGAGGUUGACGUUGACGUGCUCGACGACGAAGCCAAUGUCGUCGGCACCGAGAAGCGGAAGAGGAUCAUCGCCGCGAGUGACUGGAAGAUUUAUCCUACCUAUGUAACGCCGCAGGAAGAGCAGCAGCAGCAGCAGCAGAGGACAAACGACGCAAAUGCCGAAAUCGCGAACAGCAAGGCCGCCUUUUCGUACCUUGAGACUGAGGAAGAGCGAGCCGAUGCGGCGGUACUGAUGGAAGAUUUCCUCGUCAGAAGACGUCGUGAGUGCAAGGAAGGACACGCGCUGUGUUUCUUGUUGUUCGUCGACGCAGAGUAUCAACGCAAGGGGCACGGCAGGACCUUGAUGAAUUGGGGCAUCGCGGUCGCCGACGCCCUCAUGUUGCCGUGUUGGAUAGAAGCAACUUCCAAGGGAGAAGGCCUGUAUCGACAGUUGGGAUUCGAGGAUAAAGAACGCGUCAAGGUCUGGGGCCCAACAAAGACGUUCCUCAUGGACUAUCUACAUAUGAGAAGACCGGCGACGACGGAGAGGAUCAGGGUCGAAGAUGGAAAGAUGGUGCCAGAAGUAAAGGCAUGA